AUGGUUGAAAGAUUGCAGAAUUUUGUCGUUUUUAGCCCCAGAAGUCAAGAGAGUAGUGGUGGUCCGAUUAGGGACUCAUACACGGAAGGCGCAAAGCUUCGAAUACACCUUAAUCGUCAGCGCAAGCACCGAGCACGUACAAGUCAACUCGACACCAAUGAUUCCAUUGGUUCGAUGGCUGCUACUUCAACUCUCAAUUGCAUUGUCGAGGUGGAGGAUGGGAAUUCGCCCACUUGUGUGACCCCACCAGUGGUUUCUCCAAAGCCUAAGAUUUCUAUCCGGUCUUCUUUCUCGGAUUUCGGAAGCAAAGUGGAAGAGGUGUCACCGAAGUCACGAUCCCCCUCGUCAAUUGAUAGUGAUGCUUCUUUCAAAGACUUUGAACCACAAUGGAAAUCGUCAUUCCACCAUAGCCAACGUAGCUCUACAGCAGAGAAUGUCUAUCUUGAUGACGAACAUGAAGUUUUUGAAGAGAUGAAGGAAGUCAGUCGCUCAAAGCCGUUACAACAAGGUGAUACCUUACGUCAUGAGAACUCACCUCGAAAUUCGCCUCAUGGUGGUGAAGUGAGGAGCGAAGACUACAUCUGGUUGUCAAGUAGUAAUGAAUCGCCUCAAAAUCGAGCGUUUAAAGACGAUGAUCGGUUAAAGAAAUUAUCCCACAACAUUCUCAAUCGGCCAAUGUCUAUGUGUCCGACGUCGUCGGCAGCUAUUCCUCCAUUUGUCACGCAAAAGGUGACUCCACUGCCCUCGAGAUUAAUAGGAGUGGAAGGUGGUAGUAGGAGAGAGACUCGAUUGUCCCCAUCGUUGGGAGAGGAUCCUCCUACCCUAUCUGUCAAAUUCUCGAGCGCACUCAUCGACCACGACACAAAUCGGCAGUCCCGGGUAUGCGACCUCGUCAAGGUCUUUCAGCGAGGACGCACCACAUAA